GCACCCACACCUAGAGCCUCCCCGCGACGGAGCUUGACGCCGCCAGCCGCCCAUCAUCGUCGUUCUGGCUCCUCCAAUGGCCGAGGCAAUGGCCCCGGCCCACUCAGAUUCACCCGUGUACGUAGCUCGCCACCAAGUAGCCAACCACCACCGCGGCAAUCCCUCACCGUCGCCGGAAUGGACAAAGAAGGUGGUGCAGUUGAGAUGAGUAAAACCGGACACGUGGACAGAAAAACCACUUCAGGUUGACGGAGGGACGGAAAUUGUCCGGUUUUGAAAGUUAGAGGACGAAAAAAGUACGUUUUUUUAAGGGACGGAAAACGAACAUUUCGACAAGCCGAGGGACGUGUACUUUUCUGGACGGACUCUUUUCCUGCUAGAUGGCUCUUUUUUCUGCUAGUUAGACUAAUUUCAACUCUCAGGUCAGCAAGGGUCCAAGGAUUUCUCUAGCAUCAGCACUGCUCAAGGACGCAGUGCGCAUGCCUGUUCCUUGACUUCGGGGCCUCCGGCCACGCGAGAGCUAGCUAAGUAUUCUACUCUAAUCAAAGUCAAGAAAUCAACGGAAAGAGAGGCCCUGAACGACCAUAUAUAAACUAGCCACUGCACUUCAGCCCCAUCGACUCAAAGGUCAGAACUCACAAGUCAAUAUAGUCAUCAGAAGUCCGAAUCCCCUCGUGCCCCCGAGUUCACUAAUAUUCGCAGUCUGCCAUAAACACCGGCGCGCGAUCGAUCGAUCCGUUUAGCUUGAUCGAUCUAUUCGAUCACCAUGGCAGAGGAGUGGUGGAGCGGUGCACGCACCGGCGGCGGCGCGCCGGCGUGCUCCAGGACGGCGCCGGCGCCGGCCACCGAGUCACCGACCAGUAGGAAUUCGGUGGCUUCGUCCCAGCCUGCAGGUUUCCCUGUCGAUCACACCGCCGCGUCCUUCGCCCUCGCUGAUCCAGACAUGGAUUGGACGCGAGCCUUCAUGGACGGGAAAGCAGCGGAAUCCGAGCAGCACCCCACGAGCUUCAACGCGCUGCUCGGCCUCCAAGGCGACGCCAGCCGCCAAUUCCUGCUCGAUCAAGCAGCGUUGUUGCAGCAGCCCGGCGUGUCGUCCCUGCAAUACGCGGACAGCCGGCCGUCGAUGACGCCGUUCUGCUCGCAGCAGCAGCAGUUGCCGGGCGGCGGCUUCUUCAUCAGCUCGUCGUCGGGGAUCUUCGGAUCAUCUCCUGGGCCGCCGCCCGAACACAUCAAGUCCAAUACCGGGCCUGCAGCUGUUCAGGUUCAUCAGGACGCUUGCUCGUCGUCGGCCACGAAGAGAAAUGGCGCCGGCGCUGGCUCGCCCGUGGCAUCGAAGAAGCCACGGAUCGACACGCCGUCGCCGUUGCCGACUUUCAAGGUGAGGAAAGAGAAGCUCGGGGACAGAAUCACUGCGCUCCAGCAACUCGUCUCGCCUUUCGGGAAGACGGACACCGCAUCGGUUCUUCACGAGGCCAUCGGGUACAUCAAGUUCCUUCACGAUCAAGUCGCCUCUUUGAGCUCUCCGUACUUGAGCAGCUGUGGCCGCGCCCUGCAGGACCAGCACCAACUGCAGGGUUCCAUUAAAGUCGACGGGAAGGCGAAGGAGGACCUGCGGAGCCGAGGCCUGUGCCUCGUCCCGGUGGCGAGCACUUACACGGUGGCGAACGAGGCGGCGCCAGAGUUCUGGAACCCUACCUUCGGAGUUGGAGGCACAUUUCGAUAGCCAUUCAUGAUUCAUGUAGUAGCUAGCAUGCAUGUAGCUAGAGGUAUAUGCGUGUGUAGUGUGUGUGCUAAGUUAAGCAAUGUGUACUCAUGCCAGUAAAUCAGUACAGCUAGUGUUUAAUCAAAAGCAACCAGCAGUGUGUUGUAUAAGUGAAAUAAAUGUCUAGAUCAUUUAAUGGAAGAAAAGCAAGAGCAGCAGUAAAAAUAGGGGAGA